AUGCAAUCAUCAAAAGCGCAGAGCCAAGAGGCUGCCCGACCCGCGAGUAAAGAAAAGACCUAUUUAUCACCGGCAGUUUCUUUAAUAGCGGGUGGUGUCGCCGGAAGCGUCGAAGCAACUUGUACAUAUCCCUUUGAGUUUGCCAAAACCAGACUCCAGCUUCGUGCUACUUCUUCAUCAAUAACAACCACCAAUCCACUCGCUUUAAUUCACAAUAUUGUCCGGACAGAGGGUAUCUCGGCUCUUUAUACGGGAUGCUCGACACUAGUUUUGGGGACUGCUUUCAAAGCCUCGGUUCGGUUUCUUACAUUUGAUUCUAUCAAAAACGCGCUGGCAGAUGAUAAGGGAAACUUGUCCAAACCGCUGGGAAUUCUAGCGGGGAUGAUGGCUGGAUGUGUGGAGAGUAUUGUUGCGGUGACGCCGACUGAACGGAUCAAAACGGCGCUAAUUGACGACGCCAAAGGGCUUCGGCGGUUUCGCUCUGCGACACAUGGUGUUCAGCUCUUGGUUCGUGAGCAAGGGCUGGCUGGUCUUUAUCAAGGAUUGGUCCCUACCACUAUCAAACAGUCUGCCACAUCUGCUGUGCGCAUGGGAUCAUACAAUAUCCUCAAAGAGACGGCCAAGCAAAAUCAAGUGCAGUUGAAUGGAAUCACCACGUUUGGUAUUGGAUCGCUUGCGGGUAUUAUUACGGUCUAUGCAACCCAGCCUUUUGAUACGAUCAAGACGCGCGUUCAGGGAACCGAGCGUGCUUCCAUUAAAGAUGCUAUUUUUGGUGUCUAUCGAGAAUCAGGUGCCAGGGGAUUCUGGAAGGGAAGUACUAUGAGGCUAGGACGACUAGUUCUUAGUGGUGGCAUAGUCUUUUCGGUCUACGAACAGGUUGCGGGUUUGUUGUCUUCUGCUGUAAACAAAACUGUUUUGUAG